UUGUUUUUGAAAUGCAUUCUUGUAAAAUAAAAGUAUUGAACUUGACCCAGAGAGGAGUGGCUGCCCAUCUAAGAUCUCUCCGUUGCUUGUCCCGAUUUCAUCAGGCCAACUCAAAUUCGACAAUCUCCAGACAUUCCAGCUCAAGUUCUGUUCGGUUGAAUUAUUCUUCGCGUCUCUACAACUGCAGACCUUCGUUUUCGCUGCCUGGUAUCAAUAUUAGAGGACUGAGCUCGGAUUCUGCGAAUAAAGAAAAAGAACCCAUUGAAGCCGAGAUCAUUGAAGAAAACAUAGAGUCUUCAACAGCAGAAUCUGCAGCUGAGAAAGAUGAGCCGAAGUCGAUCAUAACUGACAAUGAGCAGUCACACGGGGAAGCGGAACAGAAGUCUUUCGUGGCGGAGACUCAAAGACUGCUGCAGAUUGUAGCAGAGUCACUGUAUUCGGACAAUGAGGUUUUUCUGCGUGAACUGAUUUCCAACUCGUGUGAUGCGCUAGAAAAGAGAAGACUACACUCACUUACUCAGAGGUCAGACCAGGAGUUCGAGCCCCUAGAGAUCCACGUGAAGACAGAUGACAUCAGAGGUCAAUUGAUCAUACAGGAUACAGGGAUUGGCAUGACUCGUGACGAAAUAGUGACCAACUUGGGCACCAUAGCCCACUCGGGGUCAACCGAGUUCAUUUCCAAGAUGAAAGACAGCAGUGUGAAUGUGUCGAGAGAGAGCAUCAUAGGCCAGUUCGGAGUGGGUUUCUACAGUGCAUUCAUGGUGGCUAAGAAAGUGGAGGUCUUCUCGAAAUCCAAUGCGGAUGCCGCGGACGAAGGAAGUUACUGGUGUUCCUCGGGAGCUGACUCCUACACUCUACAACAGGCAUCCAAUGUGCAGCCGGGAACUAAGUUAGUGCUGCAUCUCAAGGACAGUUGCGUCAAAUUUGCGCAAGAAUCAGUGGUGAAAGAAAUAAUAUCGAAGUUUGCCUCCUUUUUCGACAAACCAGUGUACCUCAACGGGGCUAAACUGCAAUCUAAUGACCCGGUUUGGAUGAAAAGUCAACCUACAGAAGAUGAAUUGAAUAGUUUAUACAGGAGUGUUGUGAAGGGAGGCUCUGAGGCCAGAUUCACACUGCAGUACAGAACAGAUGUCCCCUUGAAUAUGAGGUGCAUUCUCUUCGUGCCAGGAGAGCAGUUCAACAUGUUUUCCACUCUCACUCCGAAGGACAGUGGGGCUGACGUGUCCCUGUACUCUCGCAAAGUGCUCAUUCAGAAACGAGUGGACUCCAAAAUACUACCCGAAUGGGCCAGGUUCCUAAAAGGUGUGAUUGAUAGCGAAGACAUUCCUCUAAACUUAAGCCGUGAGAUUUUACAGAACUCAGACCUGCUUCUGAAGAUGAAGAGAACACUAACUGCGAGGAUCAUCAAAUUCCUACUCGAUAAAUACAAGAGACAUCCCGAGUCUUACAGUGUAUUUUACAAGGAGUACGGGGAUUUCAUACGUGAGGGUGUGCUGGGACUGUCCAACGACAAAUUAGACCAAGAGGAACUGAUGAAAUUGAUGUUGUUCCAAAGCAGCAAGCUAGCAGAUGGGGAGUUUUGUAAUUUAGAGAGUUACGUUGAACGAAUGAAGGCAGGCCAGCGUGAAAUAUUCUACCUCUGUGCUCCCAGUCGAGAACUAGCAGACACAUCUCCUUACAUGGAAACACUCUCAGCCUCGGGAAAAGACUUUGAAGUUUUAUAUGCACUGAAGCCAUUUGACGACAUCACUCUGAGUCAGAGUUUCGAGUACAAAGGAAACCGCAUUGUGAGUAUCGAGAGUGCUAAACAUGGAGCGGCUGCAGAUACUCCAGAAAAGAAAGAUGAUUCUGCAUCAAGUGAUUCCGAGUCGGCAAACGAGAUUCUCAAAUCGCAUUUCCGAUCAGCACUGGGUGAUCUUAUUCACGAGGUGAAAGUUUCGCCGGUGGAUUUCAAGUCGCCAGCUGUGAUUCGCAACUUCGACAUGAGUAUGAGCAGACACAUGUUACUGACUACUCUAGCCGACAGAAGUGAGGACGAGAAACUCAAGUUCCUCCAUGCCGAGUUGGAGUUGAACUCCAGUCACCCUGUUGUCAAGAAGGUCGUUGAACUGAAAGAGUCAGAUCCAGAGACGAGUAAAUUGCUGGCCAGACAAGUACUGGACAAUGCACUAGUGGCUGCCGGAUUAUCCACUGACUCGAGGCUGAUGAUGAAACGACUGGACACGCUCCUCGCUAGAGUAGCCGAGAAAUUGUGAAAGAAAGAGAGUUCGAGUCUUGAGAAGUUGUGAAUGAAUUGUUCGUACAAUGUAAACAACGAUCUUGAUGUUUCUCAAAAUGUGGACAAUUGCAGAACGGCAGAAUGGGAAAAAUUUUCAAAAAAUUGAAAUUAAUCGUAAUCGAAUCUUAAAGCUUGAAGAAUUUCAAAGAGCUUAAACAUGAUUUUUUUGAAAAGUUUCAAAAAUAGUAUUGUUAAGAGUCGAUUCACCUUGUUCAGACACUU